AUGGGGUUUUGUUUGGUAUGGGUUGUGGAUGGGAUUGUGGAGUGGUGGUGGUGUGUUUGGUGUGGGAGUGGGGGGGGUGGUAAAUGGUGGAGUUGGUGGGGGGAGGAUAUUGGGGUAGUGGUGGGGGGGGUAUGGUGGAUGGAGAUGUUUGUUAUUUGGGGGAUGGGGAAUUGUAAGGAUGUUUGUGGGGGGUUGGUUGGAGGGUUGGGGGGGGAGAGUGGGGGAGGGGUGGUUGGGGGGGAAUGGGAUGGUGUGAUUGAAUGGGGGGGGUGGUGUGGGGUGGGGGUUUAUGUGGGGGUUGGGGGUAAGUUGUGUGGGUGGGGGGGGGGGGGGUGGUUGUUGGUGAGAGGGUGGUUUGUUGAGUUGGGGGUUUGGGAUGAUUUGUUUGGUGGGUUUAUGAGGGUUUGGGGUUUGUUGAUGGAGUUGAUUGGUUUUUUAGGUGGGGUGGUUUUGGUGUGUUGUGGAGGGGGGGGUAAUGGGUAUGGGGUGGUUGGGGGGGGGUGGGUUGGGGGGUUGGUGGGGGGGGUGGUGGUGGGGUUGGGGGGGGGGGUGGGGGGUUUUGGGGUGGGUGGUGGUGGUUUGGGGGGGGGGGGGGGAUUUGGGGGUUGGUGUGGGGGGGGGGGGGGUGGGGGGGGGGGGGUGUUUGGGUUGUAUUGUUGGAGAGGGGGGGGGGUGUGGGUAUAUGGUGGGGGGUUGGGGGGGGGGUGGGAUGUUGUGUUGGUGGUUUGGUGUGGGAGGGGGGUGGGGGGGGGGGUUGGGGGUGUUUGGUGGGGUGGGUGUGUGGUUAUGGGUUGGGGGGUUGUUUUGGGUUGGGUUUUGUGGGAGGGGGGGGGGGGGGUGUUGGGGGAUGGUGUGGGAUGGGGGGGGGGGGGGGGGGUGGGUUUUGGGGGGGGGGGGGUGGGGGGGAGGGGUGGGGAUGUGUUGGUGGUGGUUGGGGGGGGGUUUGUUGGGGGGGGAGGGGGGGGGUGGGGGUGGGGGUGGGGGGGUGUGGUUGUGGGUUUGGGGGUGGGGGGGGGGGGGGUGGGGGGGGGGUUGGUUGGGGGGGGGUGUUGUGGGGGGGGGGGGUGGGGUGGGGUUGGGGUGGGGGGUUGGGGGUGUUGGGGUGGUUGGGUGGGGUGUGUUGGGUGGGGUGGUGGGGUGUUUGUGGGGGGGUUAGUGGGGGGGGUUGGGUGGGGGUGGGUGGGGGGGGGGGGGGGGGGGGGGGGGGGGUGGGGGGGGGGUGGGGGGUGGGGGGGGGGGGGGGGGUGUUUGUGUUGGGGUUGGGGGGUUGUGGUUGGGGGAGGGGGGGGGGGUUGGGGGGGGGUGUGGUGGUGGGGGGGGGGGGGGGGGGGGUGGGGGUGGGGGGGGUUUGGGGUGGGUUGGGGGUGGGUUUUGGGGUGGUGGGGUGGGGGGGGGGGUGGGGGGGGGGGUGAUGGUUUGGUGGGUGGUUGGGGGGGUGGGGUGGGUGGUGGUUGGGUUGGGGGGUUGGGUUGGUGGGGGGGGUGUGUGGGGGGGGGGGGUGGGGGUUGUGGGUUGGUGUGGGUGUGGUGGUUUGGGGGGGUGGGGUGGGGGGGGGGGGGGUGGGGGGUGGGGGUGGGGUGGGGAGGGGGGGUUGGUGGGGUUGGGGGUGGGUGGUGGGGGUGGGGGGGUAGUUGGUGUGGGGGGGGGUGGGGAGAAGGGGGGGUUUGGGUGGGUGUGGGGUGGGGGGGGGUGGGGGGUGGUGUGGGGUGGGUGGUGUGUGGUGAUGUUGGGGGAUUGGGGGGGUUAGGGGUGGGGGGGUGUUUGUGGGGGGGGGGGGGGGGGGGGGGUUGUGGUGGUGUUGUGGGGGGGGGUGGUGGGGGGGUGGGGGGGGUUUGUGGUGGUGGGGUGUUUGGGUGGGGUUGGGGUUGUUGGGGGGGGUGGGUGGGGGGGGGGUUGGGGGGGGUUGGGGGGGGGGGGGGGGGGGUUGGGUUGGGGGGGGUGGUGGGUUGGGGGGGGGGGGGGGGGGGGUGGUGGGGGGGGGGGGGGUGUGUGGUGGGGUGGGUGGGGGGGGGGGUGGGGUGGGGUUUGGGGGGGGGGUGGGGUGGGGGUUGGGGGUGUUGGUGUUUGGGGGGUUGGGGGGUUGGUGUGGAGGGUUGGGGGGUGGUUGGGGGGGUGUUGGGUUGGGGUUUGUUGGGUUGGGUGGUGGGGGGUGGGGGUGGGUUGGUUAUGUGUGGGUGGUGGUGGGGGUGGUGGUUGGGUGGGUGGGGGGUGUUUUUGGGUUGGUGGGGGGGGGGUGGGGGGUGUUGGGUUGGGUUGGUUGGGGUGGGGUGUUGUUUUGGGUAUUUUUGGGGGGUGGGGUGUGGUGUGGGGGGGGGUGUUUUGGGUUGGGGGGUGGUGGGUGGGUUUAGUUGUUGGUGGUUGGAGGUGUUUGUGGGGUGGGGGUGGGGGGUUGGUGGGGGGUUGGGGGUGGUUGUGGUUGUUGGUGUGGUGGGUGGAUUUGGUGUUGGGGGGGUGGGGGGGGGGUGGGGUGGGGUUGGGGUGGGGUGUUGGGGGGGGUUGGGUGUGGGGGGGGGGUGGGGGGGGGUUGUGGGUGGGGGGGGGUGGGGGUGGGUUGUGGUUGAGUUUGGGGGGGGGGUGUUUGGGGGUGGGGGGGGGGGUUGGUGGUUUGGGGGGUUUAUUUGGUGA